AGAGUCACCCGAGGCCGCUUGUAAACCAAAACUUCGUUCCGACAGACAUCGACGGAGCGGUCGCCUGCGUGAGACUUUGCAAAGCCAGGCUUCAAGAUGGCUCCUCCCGCCGAGGAAGAGCACCAUGAGACGUUCGAGAGCGUCGGCGCUGGCGCAUCGAUGACCUACCCCAUGCAAUGCUCGGCACUGCGCAAGAACGGUCACGUCGUCAUCAAAGGUCGCCCUUGCAAGAUCGUCGAUAUGUCCACUUCAAAGACGGGCAAGCACGGUCACGCCAAGGUCCACUUGGUCGCUAUCGACAUUUUCACCAACAAGAAGCUCGAAGAUAUCUCGCCCUCGACUCACAAUAUGGAUGUCCCUAAUGUCAACCGUAUGGAAUACACCCUCGUUAACAUCGACGAUGGCUUCCUCAACCUCAUGACUGGUGACGGUGCCGAGAAGAACGAUGUCAAGGUUCCCGAGGGAGAGCUUGGCGAGCAGAUUGAGAAGGAUUUCGAAGAUGGCAAGGAUGUCAGUCGCGCUUGCUCGCUCGCUUCUCAUUCAAGGCUGAUCCUCGCUUGGGCUACAAGGAGGCUUCCGUUCGUGACCCCUUCUAUCGCUCGUCCCGAAAUAAGCUGAGCUCGAGCAGCCCUUAGAUCGCAUAGGCUAGCAUGCCUGCCAACAUGCUCUCUCUGACGUUCGCAUUGACGUGUGAUCUCCAUGCAAAUUUUGCUUGGGUCUGAUUUCUCCCUCGCGCUUUUGCUGGCUGACUGACUUUGGAGGAGAAGGCGCGUCUGCUUGGAAUCCAAAAUUGGCCGCGAGCGCCAAGGGAGCCAGCUCAGAUAGAGGCGUGGCCGGC